CGCGCAGAUAUAUAAAUGCAGACACUCGUCUUCCUCAAUCGAAUUUUAGCUGCAGUGGUUCCACUCUUCUCCGCCCGUCGCAGCCGUCAGCCACCUUCUUCCGCCGUAAACAAUGGUGAAGCACAACAACGUUAUCCCGAGCGGGCACUUUAGGAAGCACUGGCAAAACUAUGUCAAGACCUGGUUCAACCAGCCUGCACGCAAGACCAGGAGACGAGCUGCAAGACAGAAGAAAGCCGUGAAGAUCUUCCCCAGGCCGCCUGCCGGACCUCUUCGUCCCACUGUGCACGGGCAGACUCUUAAGUAUAACAUGAAACUCCGAUCUGGCAAGGGAUUUUCUCUUGAGGAGCUCAAGGCUGCAGGAAUCCCAAAGAAACUUGCACCGACUGUCGGCAUCUCAGUCGACCACAGACGCAGAAAUCGUUCCUUGGAGGGAUUCCAGACAAAUGUCCAGAGGCUAAAGACAUACAAGGCCAAGCUCGUUGUCUUCCCCAGACGCAAUGGCAAGUUCAAGGCCGGUGAUUCUACACCCGAGGAAUUGGCAACAGCCACACAAGUUUCGGGACCAAUCUUGCCAAUUGUUCACGAGAAGCCGAGCGUGGAGCUUGUUAAGGUUACAGAGGAGCUUAAAUCGUUCAGGGCUUACGACAAGCUUCGCCUCGAGAGGACCAAUGCUCGCCAUGUUGGUGUUAGAGCUAAGAGAGCCGCCGAGGCUGAGAAGGAAGAGAAGAAAUAAGUUGAUUCAUAAUGAAAGAUAUCUACUUUUUUUAAGUGACCGUGGAUUUUGGCGAUGUUCGUUUUUUCUUCUGUUUUUUGGGACUGAAUAUCUUCGUUUUGUCCGAAUGUAUGAAUUUUUUGUUGUCUUUAUUUAUAUCAUUUUCGUAUUAAUCAAGUAUUUCCUACAUAUUUGAACCU